UUCCAGGUGAACACACACUCACACUUAUGGCCGGAGGUACUUUUGUGUUCUUGUGUUUUCUGCGCGUUUUGUUGGCGACUGAUUUAAAGUUUGUGGACACAAAUGUCACCGUUCCCGGUGAUGACGUCGACUACAAGGAUCCCUGUAAAGCCGCUGCCUUUUUAGGAGAUAUCGCUUUGGAUGAAGAUGAUCUUCGCAUGUUCACAAAGAUUCACAGUCAUGAUGGCCCACGGCGCACCAUCCAGAUCAAUCAAACAAACUUGGUGAACAUUUCCAAUGAGACCAUUCAGAGUCUUCUUCGUCGCAGGAGAGCUGCCACCGCCAGGCCCGAGCGAGUGUGGCCAGACGGAAUUAUUCCUUACAUGAUCAGCAGGAACUUCAGUGGCAGUCAACGAGCCAUUUUCCGUCAGGCGAUGCGUCACUGGGAGAAGUACACGUGUGUAACGUUCACGGAGAGGACGACUGAAGAAGAUUACAUUAUUUUCACUUACAGACCCUGUGGAUGCUGCUCCUAUGUGGGGAGGAGAGGUGGCGGCCCCCAGGCCAUCUCCAUAGGAAAGAACUGUGAUAAAUUUGGCAUUGUAGUGCACGAACUUGGUCAUGUGGUUGGCUUCUGGCAUGAACAUACGCGUCCAGAUCGUGACGAGCAUGUAAGCAUCAACAGAGAUAACAUUCAACCAGGGCAGGAGUAUAACUUCUUGAAAAUGGAAGCAGGUGAAGUUGACUCACGUGGGGAGGUUUAUGACUUCGGCAGCAUCAUGCAUUAUGCAAGAAAUACAUUUUCCAGAGGAAUCUUCUUGGACACAAUCUUGCCCCGUUAUGAUGUCAAUGGAGUCAGGCCUCCUAUUGGACAGAGAACUAAGCUAAGCAAAGGCGACAUCGCACAAGCACGUAAACUCUACAAAUGUGCAAAGUGUGGAGAAAGCCUGCAGGACAGCAUCGGAAACUUCUCAUCCCCUGGUUUCCCCAAUGGCUAUGAAGCAUACAUCCACUGUGUCUGGAGGAUUUCUGUCACGCCUGGUGAGAAGAUUGUUCUGAACUUUACCUCCAUGGAUCUGUUCAGGAGCCACUUGUGCUGGUACGACCACGUGGAGGUUCGAGACGGCUUCUGGAGGAAAGCUCCUCUGAAAGGUCGUUUUUGUGGAGACGAACUUCCAGAUCCCAUUGUGUCUACCGACAGCCGACUGUGGGUUGAAUUCAGAAGUAGCAGCAACUGGGUGGGGAAGGGUUUUUCGGCCGUUUAUGAAGCCAUCUGUGGGGGGAGUGUGAUGCGGGACAGCGGCCAGAUCCAAUCACCUAAUUAUCCAGAUGACUACCAGUCCAACAAAGCAUGUGUGUGGACAAUCACAGUCCCAGACGGUUUCAGUGUCGGCCUCUCCUUUCAAUCAUUUGAGAUUGAGAGACAUGACAGCUGCGCCUAUGACUACCUGGAGGUGAGGGACGGCCCAUCGGAGAGCAGCCCUCUUCUGGGUCGCUUCUGUGGCUACGCCAAACCGGAUGACAUGAAAAGCAGCUCCAGCCUGCUCUGGCUCAAGUUUGAAUCUGACGGCUCGAUCAACAAAGCUGGCUUUACAGCCAACUUUUUUAAAGAAGUGGACGAGUGCUCCCGACCUGACAACGGGCACUGCGAGCAGCGCUGUUUGAACACGCUGGGUAGCUACAGGUGCACCUGCGAUCCAGGAUAUGAGCUGGUGUCGGACAAACGCAGCUGUGAGGCUGCCUGUGGCGGCUUUGUCACCAAGCUGAAUGGUUCCUUCACUUCACCUGAGUGGCCCAAAGAAUACCCACCCAACAAGAACUGCGUGUGGCAGCUGGUGGUGCCGGUCCACUAUCGCAUCACGCUAGUGUUCGACGUAUUCGAGAUUGAAGGGAAUGAGGUGUGCAAGUAUGAUUACGUGGAGGUGCGCAGCGGGUUGAGCUUCGACUCCAAGCUCCACGGGAAAUUCUGUGGAGCAGAGAAACCCGAGGUCAUCACCUCCCAACUCAACAACGUGAGGGUUGAGUUCAAGUCCGACAACACGGUGUCAAAGAGAGGCUUCAAAGCUCACUUCUUUUCUGACAUAGACGAGUGCUCCGAGGAAAACGGAGGCUGCCAGCAUGAGUGUGUGAACACGUUUGGAAGCUACAGCUGUCGGUGCCGUCGUGGCUUCAUGCUGCAUGAUAACAAGCAUGACUGCAAGGAAGCCGGCUGUGAUCACGUGGUGAACACCGUAUCAGGCACGAUCAGCAGCCCGAACUGGCCGGACAGAUACCCCAGCAAGAAGGCCUGCACCUGGUCUUUGAUCACAACUCCAGGCCAUCGCAUCAAAUUUGUCUUCAAUGAGGUUGACAUGGAGGCUCAUCUGGAGUGUGCUUAUGAUCAUCUUGAGAUCUUUGAUGGUCAAGAUGACCAUGCUCCCAGUCUGGGACGCUUCUGUGGCACCAAAAAACCUCCUCCAGUCAUCUCCGGUGGCAGCAAGAUGUUCCUGCGCUUUGUCUCUGAUAACUCUGUACAGAAGAGAGGCUUUGAGGCUUCGUACAGAGCUGAAUGCGGAGGAAACCUUACAGCCGAGGUCAAGACCAAAGAUCUUUACUCCCAUUCCCAGUUUGGUGAUAACAACUACCCCAAAAGCUCUGACUGUCUGUGGGUGAUCUCCGCCGAGAAGGGUUAUGGCGUGGAGGUCAUCUUCCACGUCUUUGAUGUGGAGGAAGAGGCAGACUGCAGCUACGAUUACGUGGAACUGUACGACGGCUCUGACACAAAGUCUCCCAGACUGGGACGGUACUGCGGAUCUGGGGCCCCGGAAGAGAUCUACUCAGCCGGAGACGCCAUCAUCAUAAAGUUUCACUCAGAUGACAGCAUUGAGAAAAAAGGCUUUCACGUGUGCUACACAAGCACAGAGUUCCAGGACACGUUACACUUGAGUGACUCCGCGCAACCUUACUAAGGACGUUCCCUUAACUUUUGGUUAGCCAUGCCCAUUUUUAGGGAAAGAUAGAAUUUGU